ACGUGCUCCUCCACAUGCGUGUGGCAUGGCGAACUGGACACAAGAGGACGGAGCCACAAAACCAUUAACAAACACCGCAGAAGUGUCCGCCGCAGCGCAGAUAUCAGGUAGAGAUGUGACAGGCAGACCCGGUGGAGAUGUCGCGGCGGUUCCGUGUCUGAUCCCGUCAUUCGCGGACGCGGUGAAACUGCUGGACUCGCGUUACUCGUGUCUAGUGCUGGACACUCCGCGCAAACACAUCGCGCUGCCGCCCGUCUACUUGUGCAAGAAACGCACCGGAAUACAGGAAGAACUGAAUGCUGAUCUGCUCAAAUACUCCACAAGUCUGAACGGCGUUCCUUUGGCGUAUGAUAAUAUUAAAGUUGUAGGACAGUAUGGAGAUAUUUAUGAUGAUCAAGGAUUCAUUCACGUCAACAUCGAGGCGUCAUUUGUGAUUUUCAGACCGAAGAAAGGAUCUAAGCUUGUGGGUGUAAUUAAUAAAAUCGGAGUGAGUCACGUCGGAUGUCUUGUUCAUGGAUGCUUUAACGCAUCAGUAGUGAAGCCCAGUCUGCUGACCCCAGAGCAGUGGAGGGACUCUGGACUGUGUGUUGGAGGCAGUCUGGAGUUUGAGGUCUUUCAGCUGGAUGCUGACGUUGCAGGUGUGCUGCUCAUCAGAGGAAGGCUGGAGAGAUCCAGGGUCCAAGAGCUAGUGGCCCAAACUGAACAGAAUGAAGCCCUUGUGGAAACGGCUAAAGAACCUACAACAGAAUCAGAAUCCACAGAAGGUACAACUGACAAUCCAAAGCCCAAGAAGAAGAAAAAGAAAGACAAACAUGAAAAGGAGUCUGCUGUGGAAGAGUCUAUAAACGGCAGCAACCUACAAGAAACAUAUGAAAACCAUGAAACGACGGUGGACACAAUGGAGGUGGACUCCAAUUCAAAUGGACAUCACAAAGAGAAAAAGAAGAAGAAGAAACACAAAAGAAAAGAGUCAGAUGAGAGAUUACCCUUCGAUCUUCCGGGCGGGUAUGUCAGCGAUAAGACCAGCAAGAAGAGACGGGCGCCAGAGAGUGAAGAAACGCUCCAGGUGGACUCUGAUACGCCUGUUGCCAAAAAGAAAAAAAAAAAGAACAAAUGAUUAUCUUCAGAAAUAGAGGGUUUAAGGAACUAUUAAAAGUGUCCUAAAAGAGCUUGAAUGUCAAUAGCAUACUCGAGAGAAUGUGUGAUUUAUAUUUAUACAGGGUAUCUGCGGGUCAUUAAAAAGUAUAAACGGGUAUUAAAUCAAUUUAGUGAAAAAUAAGGCUAUUAAAAAGUCUCAAAUUAAAAUACCCGAGGUAUUUUUUAUUUUUUUUAAUGUGUUUGAACAUUUCCCUCCUUGGGCCGUAAGGUCGAAUGAAAACCUUCCGCAGAUAGCAGAGAAUAGAGUGGGCGCACGGUUUUCACGUGUACGCUCAGUGUGCGCUGAUCCCAUGAGUUCUGAUCCGGGGCUCGAGAUAUUCCCCAUUCAGUUUCUCCAUUGUCAUUUCAACAUUAACAGACUGGGUGAAUAAGACACAUUUCACUUAGUUACCAUAUCUGUCAACAUACCCUCAGAGGUUCAUUCAUGUUUUUGUUCGUGCUAUAAGAGAGCGUGCAGUGCAGGGCGGUUCUGGGGUGGGGGGAUGUGGGGGGGCUGACAGAAUUUCGGUGCCACCCCUGACUUAUCAUGGUACCCUGCCCGCCCCCCCUGAGAAAAAUUACUGGCAUUGCCCCUGGCGCAGUGUCCCAUUCUGUUUGAAUGGCCAGCUACUGCAAUCUGUCACGCACCAUUAAAGAUAUAAAUACAACAUUUAUUAUUUGAAUUUCGAGAUAACAGUGACAUAAUUUAAAAGCUUAAACUAAAAUCGCGUUUCUCCAAAAAAUUACAUCUGACUCAAAUGGAGCGUGACACAAUUUGUGCAUUUGUAGCUGUAACUUGCGCUGUCCUGUGCUUUCACUCUGCGUUGGUGUGUGUGGAGAUGAUGAGACUAGAUGCCGGUGACAUCAUUUUUCAAAAUAAAAGUCCCACAUUGAAAUAACUAAUUUUGAAGUACAAACAUGAAUUAGUGUCAAAAGUUCUUACAAUAUUUUACAACAACCGAUUAUUUUAGGACAUCACACGAUAUGGUGAAAUUAACUUUAUAUUCAAAAGUUUUAAAAAAAAAAUACAAAUAAUUGAAGAUGAGUAUUAAUAUCUGCUUCAUAGAUAAUGGUAAAACUGAACAUAUUAAACGCAGUCUAUAUGCAAUUUUGAACAAAAGACUAUGUUUGUGAUACCUGGAGAAUAUAUCUGAUAUCUGGUGGAAGCACUUUCCACCACUGCAGAACAGAGAAUAUGAAUGACCUGAAGAGCGACUUUGUGAUACGUUGCAAUGGAAACACCAAGCGUUGCUCAUUCUUAGACUGCAGGGAGCGAGAGGGGACAUAGACCUGGAGGAGUGAAUUAAAGUAAGAGGAUGCUGUUCCAUCAGCUGUCCUGAAGGCCAGAGUCAAAGCCAAGUUAUUAUACAAAUGUAAAAACAUGACACAGUAUCACAGAAAAGGAGAUGAGUGUUUAACCAGAUUUGAAAUGAACAAUGUAAACACUGCCCUUUCCGCCAAAAUAAAAGCUCCAAGUGAAGGUGAAGUAAAUACUACAGAAAUAUAUUACAAUUAUAUAAAAACAAAUCUAAUCCUCAAAAUUAUAAUAAUUCAGUGUUAUAUUAUAAUAAACUUUAAAGGGACUCACAAUGAAAAUAUUAUUAAUAAUAUGAUAAAAUAAUAUUCAAAUGGGUUCCAAAAAAGUGAGUGAAAUUGUACUGUACAUUUUGCACAUACUGUUAAUUCACAAAAAUGUUUUAGUAAAAAUACUGCUUUUUAUUAGGCCGUCUGAAUUGCAGUAUUAGUGCAAAUAAAUCAAAUGCAGGCUGAAGUUAUGUGGUGUCUCAGAACAGUGGUAAAGCAGCACUCAUUCAGGUUGAACGAAGAUAUUUGCCAGCUUUUCAAACAGUGUUCCCCGAAAAAAAUGUAUAGCUCCGAUAAAGCAAGAAGUUUCACGUGUGGCAUGACAGCAUAUAUUAUUUGGUCUAGUUCAAGGAGAAGCUUGUUGGUAGUGUCAGUAAUGCAGGUCCAUUUGUGGAGCAUCAGUGAGUGCACUAAUAAACAAAAACAAGUGGAUGUUUAUGUGAGAUCCAGUCGAGGUACCUUGUUUAUAGUAAUGAACAGAAGCAUAAGUAAUGAACUUUAAUAACUACUGUAGAUGUCUGCAUACAAAUACACACAGUACACAUACAGUAUCAAACCAGCCAUUUACGCUCACAUUAGCAACAUGUCAUUUUAAUAUGUGACUUCUUAUUGCAUCUAGUGGUGGGUAUAUGUAUACCUAUUUAUACAUUAACCCUGAUAGUGAUUGAAGUAACAAGCAAGUCUUAAAUAUUUUUGAAAAGGGUAUUAAAAAGUAUUAAAUUGGAUGAGCUGAUACCUGCAGAUACCCCGUUAUAGAAUAUAAUAAAUGCUGGCUUGUAAACAAAAGUCUGGAAAAUGUGUAAUGUUUCUUUAUACCUGAAGAGGGCUGUGUGUAUUUACAUUUCUCUGCACUGUUAAAUUAAAAAUCCUGAAACAUUCUCAUAUUCCCUUUAUAGUAAGUCUUGAUUCCAGUGUUGUAAAAGGAAAGCUCAUCGAAUGAGAUUUUAGAAUCACAACUGUACGUUUUAUAAUGAUUAUGGACUUACACAUACACUUCACCUCUUAUGCCAGCAUUUAUUGUUAAGUCUAAAAUUUCUUCAGGAAAUGCACAAGGGGCUGUUCUAAACCUCUGGGACGUUUUUGAAAGUUGAGUUUUGGCAGGGGCUUGGAAUAUUGCUCUGUUUAUUCACCCCCUGUUGGUGAAAUACCUUAGGUAGGAUAUAAUCUGAUAAUUUUUAAAUAAUCAAAUAAUAGUUGUGCUGUUCAAAAUUAAGAAAAAUAUUGAUACUUUCUGGUUGCCAAACAUUAAUGUGAUGAGCUAUACCUGUGAGUGACUUCAUGCAAUCACUAAACAUCAUGUUGGCGUAAGUAAAAUUAAUUGCAAAAAUGGGUAAAUAAAGUUUGUUUUGAGAAAAACUCUUAUCGUUAUUUUUUGUAGAUACGAUAUAAUCUAAUACAACUGCGUGAGUCAU